AUGAUGCGUUUCGACCUCACACAGGCUUUAGGCAUAGUACGCUACACGAGAGAGGCUCUAACUUUGCCUGAAAACGCGAAGACGCCAACUGGAUCUGAUGGGCCGAGAGUAAUUGAGGACUAUGCUAACAUUGGCCCGAACAAGAGCUUGGAUGAUUACAUCACCGCGAACGAGCUCUGUGGGAUUAGAAGAAAAACGCUAGAUUGGAUAUACCAAAACGAAGAGAUGCAUCCAGUUCUUUCCCGCUCGGGACCCAAGACAGAAACGGCCAAAACCGAGCCUUCCGGCGACUACUUCCUCGAUGAAUCCAGUCCUCCAUCGAUUCAAAAAUCCAAAGGAACCUGGAGCCUGAACCACGCGAUUUCAGAUGGGCUUGACUUCUUUGUUCUGUUGUCCUCAUUCGCUGGCGUCUCUGGUGCCAGCUCGCAAGAAAACUACACUGCCGAGAGCGGUUUCCUAGGCGCCUUAGCACGCUACCAACACUCGCGCAGUCACGCUGCAUCUGGACGACCUCUAGCUCGUGGAGAGCAUCGAACUUUGGCCACGACCCCGAAGGAGCAGAAGUACAUAACGGAGCUCAAUCUGUAUUUCAUGCUGCGCUACGCAUGCAGGCCACUCUACGCAGAUAAAUCUUCAUAUGCGUGGGACACGCAACUUAUCGACGACAUGACGAUAUCAGCAUUCAUGCGGCGGGCGGGCAUCGUCCAGGACUAUAACUGGAUGCAGAGCCCUAGUUCUGCCACUUGGACCAGAUAG